UAUUAGAAAAAUCUGCACAUCAUGCCAUGGCGUUGAUCAUGCUGCUCUCACUGUGAAUUACAGAUUUUGAUCGUCGUUACAGGCACAUACUGAACUACUUCAGCCUGAACUGAGGAAAUAUUUAUUUGUAGCUGUUCAACAUGGUUAAAGCUCAAAGUGUAGAUGUUGAAAUGAAGGACGUUUCGAGUCCUGCCACGCCUGACGACAAGAAAGAAGAAACUGAAGUGAAGAAAGACCCCGAACUGCUCACUUUGGAAGAUGUCCGUGAGCAUGUACGUCACAUUGAAAAAGCUGUGGCUACCAAAGAGCCUCGGUUCAUGUCACGUGUUGUAAGAGGGCUUGUUUCAGUGAGGAGAAAGCUAAAUUUCAAGAUUCUCAACAAACUCAUCCAUGGCUAUUUCACCUCAGCUCAAAGCAACAAAGAAGAUCUCACCAAGUUUGUGGCUGAGCCCAAGGAGGUUAAUGGCAUAGGGGCACCAUUCCGCCCUCGUUCGGGGAAACUGGCUAACCAACCUCUCAUGCCUGAGAUCGAUGCCUAUAUUCAUCUAUUGGUAGUCAUACACCUUAUUGACACCAAGAAGUAUACUGAGGCUGUAAAGUGUGCAGAACUGUUGAUGCAGAAAAUCUUACCACAGAACAGAAGAUCACUUGACAUGCUAGCUGCCAAGUGCUACUUCUACUACUCCAGAACCUUUGAGCUUACAAACCAGCUGGAGAAAAUCAGAGGCUUCCUCCAUGCCCGUUUACGUACAGCAACCUUGAGGUCGGACUAUGAAGGCCAAGCAUCACUGAUUAACUUGCUGCUUAGGAACUAUCUUCAUUUCAACCUCUAUGAACAAGCUGACAAACUUGUGUCAAAGUCAACAUUUCCAGAAUCAGCUUCAAAUAAUGAAUGGGCACGAUAUUUGUACUACUUAGGUAGGAUAAAGGCAGCACAGCUUGAGUACUCUGAAGCCCACCGACACCUUUUACAGGCUAUGAGGAAAGCUCCACAGCAAAGUGCUAUUGGAUUCAAACAGACAGUGCAGAAGCUAGCAAUCACAGUAGAACUUCUUUUGGGUGAUAUUCCAGACAGGUACACAUUUCGGCAGCCUUCCAUGAGGAAAACACUGGCUCCAUACUUCCAGCUAACUCAAGCUGUGAGGAAUGGAAACCUUCCUAAAUUCAAUGAAAUGUUAGCCAAGUUUGGGUCCAAGUUCCAAGCUGAAGACACAUACACACUUAUCAUCCGACUCCGUCACAACGUCAUCAAAACGGGCGUGCGGAUGAUCAGUUUAUCCUAUUCCAGAAUAUCAUUAGUAGACAUUGCACAGAAACUAUCAUUAGACAGUCCAGAGGAUGCAGAAUAUAUCGUAGCCAAGGCAAUCCGAGAUGGUGUGAUCGAGGCCACGAUAGAUCAUGAGAAGGGCUAUGUUCAGUCUAAAGAAACAAGUAAUGUGUACAUGACGAAAGAACCCAUGGCUGCUUUCCAUCAACGAAUCAGCUUCUGCCUAGAUAUACACAAUAAUUCUGUAAAGGCGAUGAGAUUCCCACCCAAGUCGUACAACAAAGAUCUGGAAUCUGCAGAGGAUCGUAGAGAGCGGGAACAGCAGGAGCUGGAGAGUGCUAAGGAGAUAGCUGAUGAAGACUUUGAUGGAUUUCCUUGAAGGCAUAGGAGCCAUGGGAAGAAAAUGUGUAUAUUCUCUUAUGAAGCAGGUGUAUAAAUUGUCCAAAGGUGUUCAACCUUUGCAUGUUUUUGGUGACUAGUUGCAAGUGUUUAACACUGCCACAAAGCAUGAAGUUGUCUACAUCAGCAUCAUAUGGCUACUUGCUCACAAAGCUGUCAUAACAUUAUGUUCUCACAAUCCAUAGUAUCUAAAACCUUUUGAUCAUUAUUCAGUUGGGCCUCCAGAAUUCCACACUAUCUGCUACCCAAACUAUAUAUAUAAGGACCAUGAAUGACUCUUAAGUUGAGAGACACAUUAUUAGAAAAAUGUAUUUCCCAAGCCGGAUGAGUCUUUAUUAAUGAUCCAGUUUGGAAGAAUGCUUUGUCUGUAAAUACUAUCUUGACUUGAAUGUAACAUUGUGACUGUUUUGUGAAGCAGCCAUCUAGGUCUGGUUUAGUUCGUAUAUGUUGCCUGGAAUUCAUGGACGUGUCUAUUUAGUCUAAACAUGAGACACUUCUUCUCACUUCAACACAGUGGCAUUUCUCAUUGUUUAUACCAUCCUUAUAGAUGUUGCCUGUAUUCAAUGUAUCUAAAAGAAUGUUCCAUCAUUUACUGGAGAGCAUUAUUGUUUACUUUGUUUGAAAAAAUAUACUUUGAAUAAACACUGGAAUCAAGAAAAAUCAAAUUUAGAUUGAGGUUGCAAAAUAUAAAUUUUUGUCCAAGAAGAACAACUGUGUAAAUAAUAUUACUCUGGAAACAGGAUUUGCCUUUCUGAUGCAGCAGGCGGUUUCUUUUAGCAUUUUGAAAAUGAUUUUGAAGUUGUUUUUUAGUGUAUCUAUGAUUGCUUAUCUGCAUCACAUCUAAAAACAAUUUUGGGGUGAAAAUACCACAUUCACUUUCUGCAUACAGUUAACUGUCUUACAUCUGACAAUCUGAUUUUGAAAACUCAGAAGCUUAAAUGCUAUUUUUUUUCUCAGAUUAUAAAAAAUGCAGUCUACAGGAAACAUUUCUUGUAGUUUAACCAGUACAGUUCAUAAGCUCUUAAGAAAAUGUGCAUGAUAAGCCUGAUUUGACAGCUCUUGGAAUUGUAUGAGAAACAUGUGGUUCUAACUGGCAUUAUUCCAAUAGAAUCCUUUAAGAUUUACAGUUGAUGCAUAAAUGGGAGGUAUUUCACAUUUACGCUAAUUGUAAAGAUAUUUUCUACCAUAAGAACCGUGUAUGUACUUUUUGAAUUCUAUACUGAACUCCCACUGAAGAAAAUGGGAAGGUAUCUUGUUUCUCUGAAUUUCUUUUAAGACACCCCAACGUAAGGCAGCCAAAUAGAUAAAACCUUUGCCAUUGUGAAUAAUCCAAACGGAAGAGGAUAAAAUACUUCGGUUUCUCAGGUAACAAGAUGUUACAAAGAUUAUUUUUGGCUUGUAACACUUCAGAUUGGGAAUGGUUUUCAGUGUAAUAUCAAAUACUUUCUUCCCAGAUGAUGUUUGAACUUACCAGCAUGUUGACAUGAACCAGUGCUGAAUUUAUUUCUGCCACCAUACACAUAAUGGUGCUUGAUGCCCUAAACAGUGAAUCUUGGAAAAACUGUUCAUCAUUAACAGGAAUAACUAAAGGACUUCUGUUACAGGGAAUAUAGUUGUGUUAUUCUUUUCCAUCAAGUGCUAUGAAUUAUGUUUAAUUAUGGCGUGAAUCGUUCAAAAAAUGUUAAUAUUUCUUGUAUUAUAUGUGAGACUUGCAGGUGUAUGAACAAUAAAGUUAAGUUGACUUGUA